CAUGACGCAGGGAAAUAAAUAAUUCGAUUUAAACCGCGAAAAGGGUGCAAAAAGAGCAAGGAAAGCAGCUAGCAAUCCCAGGAGCCUUUGCAACUGCAAUCCCAGAACCCUUUGCAGCAACCAUUGAGGUCUGGGGAGAGUUUUGAAGGUUGGGAAAAGAGGUUUGGAGGCAACGUUUGUGGUGGAAUUUGGGGGUUUUUUGGCGGAGUUUGACUGACAGCCACCACUGCCGCCAUUCAUGCCUGUCUGAUGCUCUUCUCCAGGCCAUGAAUCCACAGGAAGCUCUGGUCAAGGCAGGAUGCAUCUUGCAGGUGUCACUCACCUGUUUACUUGGCUGUAUGAUUUGUCCUGGCCCAGAGCAGAUUUUGUGCCCCCAAAUGCUGGGUUUUCUGCCAGUCGAAUUCCAUCACAGACCAGGAGGAAUCUUGCGGGAUCUGCUCAUUCCUCGCCACGAGCCUGGAGGUGGCAACUGCUGAGAGAGAGGGAGCCCGGCAGCCGAGGGGAGAAACUGCUUGGGGAGGCAGAGCGGAAAGUUGUUGCCAAGAAAAGGUGGCGCUUUGGAGGGUCACAGGGAUGCACCCUGAAUCGCUGAAGAUUUCGUGGGGAGCCCUCGUCCUGUUCUGGCUGCUGCAGGAGGAGGCUGUGGGGUCAGCAAAGGAGAGGCAAGCAGCAGCUUGGACCCAGAGAGAUGUCUCCGCGGUUGGGAUAGAACCUCAUUCCUGGGAGCGAAAGACGCGGGAAACCUCGCCAAGAGACACGAGGACUCGGAUCAGCGAAGAUUUAAUUGGCGGGAGCCUGGCUAUUGACACUUUGACGGACAAUGAGACACAGAUUGUGGAAGACAACCACAACUACUAUAUAUCUCGAACGUACGGUCCGAGUGAAGCGCGAGCCAAGGAACUAUGGGUAGAAGUUACAGCAGCCAACAGGAGCCAAGUCAAAGUCCAUGGAAUCCUCUCCAAUACGCAUAGGCAAGCCUCGAGAGUCAUCCUAUCAUUUGACUUCCCCUUCUAUGGGCAUUACCUGCGGCAAGUCACCAUAGCAACCGGAGGCUUCAUCUUCAUGGGGGACGUCAUUCAUCGGAUGCUGACAGCCACGCAAUAUGUUGCUCCUCUCAUGGCAAACUUCAAUCCCAGCUACUCUCGAAAUUCCACCGUUAAAUACUUUGACAAUGGGACAGUCUUUGUGGUUCAGUGGGACCAAGUGUACCUGGAAGGAAAAGAAGACAGAGGCUCUUUUGACUUCCAGGCAGCUCUGCACAGUGAUGGCCGAAUAGUCUUUGGCUACAAAGAGAUCCCCAUGUCUGUCCUGGAGAUUAGUUCUACACAACAUCCCGUCAAAGCUGGACUCUCAGACGCUUUCAUGAUUCGUAACUCCUCCCCUGGCGUGCCUGAAGCUCACCGUCGGACCAUCUAUGAAUAUCACCGAGUGGAGCUGGACACCAGCAAGAUCACUAGCGCAUCGGCUGUGGAGUUUGUGCCCUUGCCCACUUGCCUCCAGCACCAGAGCUGUGAAGUUUGCACCACAUCUGACCUAACCUUCAACUGCAGCUGGUGUCAUGUCCUGCAGAGGUGUUCCAGUGGGUUUGACCGACACCGUGAAGAGUGGUUGGAGUAUGGCUGUGACCAAGAGUUAGAAGAGAAGACCUGUGCCGACUUUGAAGACGAUGAACAUUACUACUCAACACCUCCCAGCGACAGUCCCUUCACACCACUCAGAGAAGACAUCACCACUUCUUCUUCCCACUUUGUCGACAGCCUAACUACAGAAGAUGAUACGAAGUUGAACCAAAAUCCAGAAGACGGUUUGAGAGACGACUUCCCUGCAAAAAAAGUAGAAUCCCAGCUCCAUACAGGAACCAUCGUUGGAAUUGUGCUGGCAGUCCUGCUCAUAGCAGCCAUUAUUCUUGCUGGGAUCUACAUCAGAAGCAACCCUACAUCCCACGCUGCUUUGUUCUUCAUUAAGCAGAGACCGCACCAGUGGCCUGCCAUGAAGUUCAGAAACCACUCGAUGUACACCGAAGUGGAGCCAUCUGGCCACGAGAAGGAGGGUUUCGUCGAAGCGGAUCAAUGCUGAAGAAUGCGUCUUCUUCUUUUUUUAAUUGCUCUUGCAACUUUAAAUCGUCACCUCCCGUUUCCUGUUUGUUUCACGAUGAGCACAACUGAAGAAAUAGCAAAAAGGGGAAAGUAAACACCUAAAGAGCCCCCCAUAAAAGAAUUGAAAUGGAUACAGGAGGACCCAAAAGGCAUGCAAAUUUAGCGUGUGGCUCUGGGUGGUUUAGCGGGGAAAGUUACAAUGGAGUUGAAGCUUUUAUUGCAGAGAAGCCCACUUCAUAUCGGUUGUUUUCAGGUGUAGCCAUCUACGGCUGAUUUCAGUGCCAGGGAAAAGAAGUCUAAGUCUGCACUCUUCCUGCUUUUCUCAGACACCUGAGCCGUAUGGUAAAGAAGAUGCUUUUUUUGCCUCUGUGUGUUAUGGAGGGUGUUACGCAUAAUUUUUUUAAGCCCCCAAACAGUGGGAAAGCAAAUACAUUAAACUGUCCAAAGAAAGGUUAGGAAUAGGGGGAAAUCUAGGCUUCUGGUGGGAGAGAUUGAAGUUUGCCUUCUGAAUAAACCCUAGAGAGAUGCUUACGGAUUAUAGUUAACAUGGAACAAGUUGGUCUGACUCAAAUAUCUCAGUGUCAUUGCAGCACUUGCUGGAUGCAGCGCCUGACAUUUGUGGCUUGUGGGGAGCUUAAUCUGGGCCUGAAAUGUCACCUUCAUAUUUAUCGGUAAUGGCGGUAUAAAUUUGGGCCACUAGAAGGAAAGCAUUAAUUAAGGAGGCCUUGCAAUUGGCAGUAGUCACACCAGCUGGAGGAUAAAAUACGUAUCAAACUUGGCCUCAGACCCUGAAAACAAUAAUAUGGUUUGUCUUAUUUGUGCUGUGAAUUACCAACUCCACCUCACAAUUGGCUAUAUGACUUGGCUUUCCUUUUCUGGGUGUUUUUUAAGAAUGAGUUCUAGUCAUUGGUUUCAUUAGUACUUUAUGAAUGAGAAGGAGAAAGGUCUACCUUAUCUCAAUGAAGGGAACGGAGGGAAUUAAAGCAGAUUCUCUCUGCCCAGUCUGUCUGAUCCUACUAACAAUCAGAUUUUAGUUAGGAAGCAAGACCUGGUCUUUUUCAAGGGAGCCUUGUGGCACAUAUAGAGAUUAUUUUUUCAUGGAAACGGUGACGUUCCUGUUCUGUCCACUUUAUCUUGUAUGAUGGUUACCCCAUAUGUUUUCCCAGUGGAUUAGGGUGAUAAAAUGUACUUGUAAAAUUCUGGUGCACAUUCCUGAAAGUGCUGCUACAGGACAAUUCCCCCCCCCAACUAAUCUGGAUACAACACUACAUGAUGCGAGGCAUGGUUGUCAGUCCUAGAUUAUCCCACUAGCUCCAGUUACCUCCCAGGAAAAAAAUCCACAUUUAAAGUCAGACCGUAACAAAUAUUUUGAUGUUGAAGUUAUUGCGAGCAUAUCUGUAUGACCACAAGAGAAAUAUGUGCCUGAGCAAAAUUUGCACAUAUCCUAAGGGCUAGCUCACCUGUUACGGGAAUGCAGGGUGACCGCGGUGACCCACACUUCUUAUCCCAUUUCUUCAGGUAAUAUUUUGAGGACAAGCGAUGUGACUCCGUCACAUUCUGUGUUUGCUGGUCUUCUGGCAUAUAUCGACUGCCCUGUGCAGGGAGGCGGGAAAGUACUGGCGGCAUGUUGACACCCGCUGCAUGAUACGCCUGCUUUAAAAUUACCGGGAAACUCAGGGAAGAAAUGUGUGUCGGUAAACUGCCGUGCAGAAGGGAAAAAGGAGUUGGGCUCUGAGAGUUCAAAGCAGACUUCUCCAACCUUCCAGGUGUGCUGGGUCAGACCUCGCAUCAAUCCCAGGCAGCACAGCGUCCCAAACAUCUGGAGGGCGAAAGCUGGUUUAGAACAAAAAAUGUUGUACUUUGCCAUUUCUGCAUAUGGACUGGGGUAAAAUAAAAA